AGUUCGCUUCCCCGCUCUAAAACCGGAUCACCAUGGCAACCAGACUGAAAUUGAUGAAAGCAAUUAGAGUUUUUGAAUUUGGUGGACCGGAAGUGCUGAAACUCCAGUCAGACGUGGCAGUACCAACUCCAAAAGACCAUCAGGUUUUAAUCAAGGUCCAUGCAUGUGGUGUAAACCCAGUGGAAACAUAUAUUCGUUCUGGUACUUACAGGAAAAAACCACACUUACCCUAUACUCCUGGUUCAGAUGUGGCUGGGGUAAUAGAAGCUGUUGGGGACAAUGUAUCUUUCAAGGAAGGUGAUAGAGUUUUCACUACUAACACCAUCUCUGGGGGCUAUGCCGAGUAUGCUCUUGCAGCAGAUCACACUGUUUACCCACUGCCAGAAAAACUGGACUUUAAACAAGGAGCUGCCAUCGGUAUCCCAUAUUUUACCGCUUAUCGCGCUCUGCUCCACAGCGCCCGUGUCAAAGCUGGAGAAAGUGUUCUGGUACAUGGGGCUAGUGGAGGAGUUGGACUGGCAGCAUGUCAGAUUGCUAGAGCUUAUGGUUUAGAGGUUCUGGGCACAGCUGGUACUGAGGAAGGACAAAACAUCGUUUUGCAAAAUGGAGCCCAUAAAGUGUUUAACCACAGAGAACGUAAUUAUUUUGAUAAAAUUAAGAAAUCCGUUGGUGAAAAAGGAAUUGAUGUGAUCAUUGAAAUGUUAGCUAAUGUAAAUCUUAAUAAUGAUUUGAAACUUCUAUCACAAGGAGGGCGAGUAAUAGUUGUGGGCAGCAGAGGUCCUAUUGAGAUAAGCCCACGGGACACCAUGACAAUGGAAUCUAGUAUAAUUGGGGUUUCUCUCUACUCAUCAACUAAGGGGGAAUUUAGGCAAUAUGCAGCAGCCCUUCAAGCUGGAAUGGAAAUUGGUUGGCUGAAACCUGUAAUAGGUUCUCAGUAUUCAUUGGAGAAGGUGGCCCAAGCUCAUGAAAAUAUCAUCCAUAGCAGCGGGGCUACUGGGAAAAUGAUUCUUCUCUUAGAAUAAUUAAGUCUUUCAUGUAUUUCUUGUGCAGCUAGAAGUUUCCUGCCCCAGUUUUACUUCUACUACUUUCGCUCUAAUUAGCAUUCAUUUGAUUUAGUGAGUUUCUUAUAUUGAAAAACAAGAUUUAUCUUUAGGAAUCUGGGCAUUGGAGUACAAUUUAUUUUAUAGCUCACAAUAUACUUUAGGCCUCCCACUGACCUCUAAUCAAGGAGUCCUCAUAGUGGGAAGUAGAAUGUUAGUAGCCAUUUGGCAUUGGGUACAUUACAGAAAUUCCCGGUACUUGAUCAUUAAUUCCAUACCUUGGACUAAAGCAAGCAAAUUCAAAAUAAGACUGCAUGAUUUCCAAGCCUACUUGUGCUUGUAAAGGUUCUUCAGUAUCUGUUUAGCCCAGAGCUAUAUUAGACUAUGAAGAUUUCCUAGAUUAAACAAGACCCCUUUUCCAAACUAAUCUCAUCAGCAUGGUAAACAAUGUCCAGAGAAAUCUGUUUCUAAAAAAUUAGUUUUCUAAUGUUUCUCCAAAUAUUAAAACAUUCACUAUGUUAAUGGUUGAUUACUAAUUACCCAUAUAUUCUGUGAAGAUAGCAGCCUUAUUUUUGUUAUAAUGUGACAGUAGGUCCAUAGUCUUUCCAGAUAGAUAUUUCUUGAUGAUUUGAUUUGCAAAGUAGAUGUAGAAUUAUCUGUGUGAUGGGAGUCAUAUAUUUUUCUUUAAAUUACUAAACAAAUCUGACAUAUUAAGAGUGAUCAGCUUUUGUUUUCACAACAUGGUAACUUGCAGUAAAUUCUGUAGAAAAAAAAUAAACUGUUUAUCUCAUCUUUAUAUAAUACUUGCCUUACAUCACAUCUCUUUUACAUUGUUCCUAAUGUUAAUUCCUAACAGUGUUCUGUGUUGGAAGUCUUUAUCUAAACUAAAUAAAUGUCA